AGGUGAUCUCUCGAAGUGAAAAUGCUCCGGUAUCUGAUAUACCUAAAAACAUUUCAAACUCUGAUGUAUCUGGUAAUGCCUCAAAUUCUGAUGUCCAUCAGGAGUCUUCAUCUCAACUGGAGGUUGGUUCACACAAAUAUUCUGCACCGCUUAUUUGCACAGAGAUUAAAUCAUCAGAAGACAAGGAAAUAGAUGAAUUCCUGGGUUCAACAUAUAAGGAACAGGUUAGUAAUAAGAUAAUCCAGAGCAUUAAGGAAAAGAAACUUCUAGAUCAAGGAUUACUCUCAACUCCUAAUAAUAAUACUCCUAAUAUUUUGCGUGAGCAAAGUUUAAUACAAAAAAAAUGCCAAGAAAUUUUCGUUACUAAAAAUCACGAAAAAUCUUCUGAUCAAAUUUCCGAUAUGUCUAGUAAUAAAAUCUCAGAACAAAAUAUCGAACUUAUCGAUUCCCCUGAUAAACCAUUAACAAAUCUAAUUGUAGAACAAGAAUUACAGCAACAGAUUGCCAUGUCGACUGGAGGUAAUAAUUCAGCUAUGGUAGUUGAAAACUCAAUGCAAGAUAUUGACAUUUCUAUCAAUGAUUUGUCUCCAGUUUUAGCGCAGACCAUAGUAUGCAUAUUUCGAAAAGCGAUUCGUUCUGGUCAAGAUACAAUUUUAUAUUGGUAUCACUUUGCUGGAAAAUAUGAUAGAAGAAUAGAUGAAGUUUCUGUUAGUAACAAAGUCGGUAAGAAAAAAGCAACCAGCUUAGUGUAUUAUGAAAUUAAACAGCUUCUACCAGACAUAACAGAUGUUAAUUUACGACAUAAAAUUCUCAAAUCUAGAAAAAUUAGAACGCUUUUCAGUGUGGUAGGAAUAGAAAAAAUUAGACAAGUUUCAUAUAGCGCAAAUGCAAUUUCUAGCCUCAGUUAUACACAAAUCCAAAAUAUUAUAAAUUAUGUUAACAAAUGGACUUUUGACUCAAAUAUUUCACUAACCAAGAAAACCUUGGAGGAAGAUAUUAUAACUGAGGAUGGCAAACAAUCGCUGAAAACUGAGGUGGGUAUAUCCAUCAAAUCUCACGUUUCCCCAAAAAACUACCCUGAAAUCAAAGUGAGUGCAUCAUUUAAUCCAACUUGUGAUCAUGCUUAUUUUCGUAAUAAAAUAUUGGGUCGAUAUCCUAAUAUAUAUAGAGAAUUUAGUAGUGAAAAAUUCGAUUAUUAUGGAAUUAUUGAUAAAUCAUUAUGUCCAGCAUACAAGUCGAGUCAUAGAGAUAAGAAAAGUAUAAGAGCAGGACACUCUGUGUCUGGCAGUUAG